AUAUAUGCAAAAAUUAUUUGUACGAUGACCAAGAAUAUAUUCAGGAAAAACGGCACAGUCCGCUAGAUGAGCAUCAAAUAUUUUACUAGCCGAAGUGCAGUGUGUUUAAAGCAUUAUUUAAUUCAAUUUAGUCAAUUCGUAUAUUCAAAAUGAGUCAGUUGUCUCUGCCCCGUGUUCUGCCUAAUAUAAGUUCGCAAAACUCGACGGAUAGAAAUUCAAAAUUUCUAAGUUUAAAUCGUACUGCUGGCCAUGAGACAAGACAGGUGAAAAAAGUGAGUUCCACGCUGUCAUUAAAUGAAACGGCAGAGCGACGUAAACGAAUGCUUAACAGAAAUGGAAGCAUAUCAAACCAGCAUUUUCGUGGUGUUCACAAGCAUUUACUGGAAUCUCACGCGAAGGCAAUUUGUCAUUCAAUGACCAUUGAAGACUUGUACGAAGAAAUUUUAUUUGAGAUUUACAAUAACAUUGGUUGCGAGACUAACGAUGUUUGUACAAACAGCCUAGUUGAGUUUGCUCAAGAAGUAUUUAAAAUACCUAAUUCAGAGCAUUUGGAAAUUUCUAAAAUUGCCAAGAUGAAAGAACCACCCAAAUUGAGAUUAAAUGUUGAAAUCAUAAAAGCAGAAAAUUUAAUGUCAAAAGAUCCAAAUGGGCUUUCCGAUCCAUUUGUUACAUUAUACUUGGAAUCAAACAACUCGCACCGUUAUAACUCAUCUGUAAAACCGUGUACUCUAAAUCCCAUAUGGGAGGAACACUUCUCGUUACCAAUUACUGAAGGUCCUCGCGAGGAAGCCCUGAUUAUCGAAGUUUGGGACUUUGAUGCUGCGGAGACUGUCAAAGAUAAGGUUAACAAACUCUUGGAUGUCAAAGGCGUAAGAGGCCUUAGUAAGCUUAUGAAAGAAAUUGCCGUUACUGCUUCUUCUGGAAAACAUGAUAACGAACUAAUAGGCCGUGCAAUGAUUUCAUUAAAGUCUAUUCCAGCAUCUGGACUCACAGUUUGGUAUAAUCUGGAAAAAGGGAGCAAAACUAAAAGCCGCGGAUCUGUGUUGGUCAACAUUACCUUAAGUGCUGAAAAAAACAAAAAUGUAGCCUGUCAAGAGCAUAAGCAUCUCUUAAAAUUGUUACUCAUGAAUGAGCUGGACACGUCUCAAGUGACUAACUAUUGGUGGAGCGGAAAAUUUAGUUCGAUGGCUGAAGCUAUCAGAACUCAACACGCUGUUCAAAGUGGACUCUCCUCCUUUGAUUGUGCACUUAGUCAGUGGCACGCAUAUAGUACCGUUCAUGAGACCCACAAACUUACCUUUGCACUAUUUAAUUCUAUACUCGACAUUUUGGUUCCAGUCAUAAGCUGUUUACAGAAUGAUUGUGAAGAUGUAAAAACCUUUUGGGACGGAGCGAAGCGAUUACUGCCAUCUUGCUUUUCGGUGUUAAGAAAGCUACGAUCUAAAAAUGUCAGUGACAACAAAAUACUCAAAGCUCUCAGUGAAGUAUUAGAUAUUCUGUCGAAGCUAAAAACUUUUGACAUACCGGGCACAAUUGAUAUAUUUCCCCAAACUGUCUAUGGCUGGAUAGAAAAGGGGGACUCUGAGACAUACAAUAUUGACAACGCCAUCGUUGAUGCUAUAAAUAGCGGUGCGAAAGAAUGGAUGGAACAUAUUAUUGAAGGCAGUAAAAAAACAAAAGAUAAUGAGUCUGAUGAAGAUAAAUUGCAGUACGUUAUACAAAUAAUACAAAUGAUUCGCUCAGAUCUCCAGCGUGCAAUGGAAUAUUUUGAUAAAUUGUUCUACCAUAAAAUUCGGGUUAGUUAUUCCACUACACUGUUCCUAUAUUAUGACUUAAAACUGGUGGAGAUAUCUGAACCAAUCAUCAAAAAUGUAUGUUCCAACAUUAAAAUGUUAGAUGUUCCCGACGAUCAGUUUAAAGAUAUACCGAACAUUGAAAACGUGAAUAUGGGAACAACAUUAUUUGAAGUUUAUUUGGUUCUCAAACGAUACAAUACAUUAGGACGAUCACUCUGUCCCAAUAAUAAAUUACAGAUGGCAGAUUUUUAUCAAUGGUUUGAAAGAGGUGUAACCCAUUGGCUAGAUAUUUCAAUUAUAAAAGCUUUAAACCGCAUCCAAAAAGCUAUAGAUUUGGACCAACUCCACGCUGUCGAUGAAACUGUUAAAUAUAGUUCAUCUGCUGUGGACACUUUAGCUAUAUUUUAUCAGAUUAAAAUAUUUUGGCAACAGUUGGACUGGCCAGAAAUUGAAGGGUCAUACACAUUUGUAGCAAAAAUUAUCAACGAUAUAUGCCGAUGUUGCGUUUUCUAUGCACAACGCAUGUCACGUCGAGUGGAGAGCAUUUCCAAUGUAGGAGAGGAUGGAGAAAUGUUCAUUUUAUCGGAAGAAUGGUGCUUAGCCAUUAACAAUAUGGACUACAUUCGACAGAGUUUACCUUCAUUUAUAAAGGAACUCGGAUCUGAUGACGUAAUAAAACGCAUCGGAGAAUUUAGGUCGAAUUUGGAGGCUGAACGCUGCGCUGAUACUAUUAAGGCUGUUAUUGAUAACGCCGUUGAUACACAACGCAAUCAAAUCGUUGAAUUAAUAGAGCAUGUUGUCCAUAAGAUGGCUCCACCGAUUCGUAGAUUUUUAACUGAAGGAGCGGAAAUCAUCCAUAAGGACUCAAAUUCUAUGGAAAGGCUAAUGAUGUAUUUAGAACGAUCACUGGCCACCCUUUAUGAUACUCUUAAUGAAGUAAACUUUGGAAGAAUAUUAGAUGGAAUUUGGGGAGAACUAGCAGUUAUAAUAUAUGAUCUUGUUCAGUCUAAUCUUGAUAAACGCCGUCCUCCCGCUUUCUUUCAAAACUUAAGGGAAACUCUACGCACUAUGAUAUCUUGCUUUAAAAUUGGUGAAGCUUUAGCGAGUGACUGUAAAAUUUUAACGGAUAUUGAAAACACACUAGAUCUGCAUGCGUCCGAAACUUCUGAUCUUAUCCAUCAAUAUUACCUCGACCGGUUUAAGGUUCAAAAACAACAAUCAUCAUCGCAAUUUGGACAACUUACAAUUAGGUCUCAGUUUUCCGAAACUGGAUUAUCUUUGGAAAUAUUAAAUGCUCGAAAUUUGGUUUCUAUGGAUAAAAAUGGAUUGUGUGAUUCCUUUGUAAAAGUGUACAUGUUUCCUACUGGUCGAUUUACUGGCAUUGCAGCAGUAAAAACUGCCGUUCACAAUAAAAAUUGUUUUCCCCUUUAUGACGAAACAUUUCGGUUUAAUUUGAAUGCAGAACAACGCCAAAUGAAAGAUAGCCUGAUUUUUUUUACUAUUAAGGAUAAAGAUUUAUUUGGAAUGACAAGUCAAUAUAUAGCGGAAUGCUAUAUAACGUUUGCAGAUAUUACAGCAUAUGAGGGCGAGCAAAUUGUCAUGAAUCUUUGUAGACCAGAGUAUUCAGAUUCUUUGGCACUCCGAGCACUGGAGUAUCGACAAGGUGAUAAACAAGCUAAGGAUUUCUUGAAAAAGUUAAAGAACAAAUCAUAUAAUUAAUUCAUGAUGCCAGCGAAUUUCUAAUGCACGAUUUGUAUUUCCAAAAGUGAUGAUGGUAUUAUUUAUAUAUUUUUACAUGCCUGAUACUACAAUCAAAAUCAGAUAGACUACCCAUUUAGAAAUGUUAUCGUGAAAUUUUGUAAUAAAAAUAAAUAAUAA